UAGUAUUCUUUGAAACAAUCGAAGAAAAUGAUAAUUUUAGAAAUUCAGCAGACGACAUUUUAGCAGACGACAAAUUUCCCAGCAUGCAAAGGGUUUAAUCAAUGUGAACAACACCUUUGCGUCACGAUUUAUGAAGUGACAACAUUCUAUGUUUUGUUAAAGAAUACAUUACUUUCAAAGUAAUGAAUCUAAGGAGCCGCAAACAAAAAAUGUUUAUUUCAAAUAGUAUACAGCCUAGUGAAUAUGAACUUGUUCCUGGUAUUUUGAAAUGAACUAAUUAUAACAUCGAACUGGUCUUUUGGACAAACAUUUUUUAUAUCUUGCGCAUAUUUCAAAAACGAAAUUGUAUCGUAUUGCGCAUGUGUUACACCUUUCAUAGAAUGAUUACCUCACAUGUGCACCAAUAGCUAAUGCGGGGAGAAAACUUGUUAACACGAAUAGUCAUGGAGUGCGCUCCCUGUUUAUACUGUUUAUAAAAUGGCGGAUUAAGAAAGAACGCUCAACGAGUUUCGGACAAAAAGUUGACGCAUCAACAUCCACAGCCAUGGAUUGGAAAACAUAUACUGGUGGUUACGUGGUGGUUCUAUUAUUAACAGUUUCGUAUAGUGGUGUUUCAAGCUGUCCCUCAGGGUGCAAUUGCAAAGGAGAUAACGUGUCGUGUACGAAUAUCACAGAAUUCCCCAGCUUGAGCACGAGAAAUACCACAAAACUUCUGAGCAUAUCACAACACGCCCUUCAGACUUUGAAGAAAGGCGAUUUUGCGGGUUUUAUUGUUUUAGAACAUCUAGAAAUCAUCAACGGAACGCUGAUGUCAAUAGAGCCGGGAGCGUUUGAUGACGUCAGAAGUACAUUGAUGAAAUUGACAAUCGUUCUAAAUAAAAUGACUAAAAUUAGUCCAGGCGUGUUUAAUAAUAUGAGUAAUCUUCAUAAUCUCAUCUUAAGAAGCGACGGUCUACAGACAAUCGACAACGGCACAUUCGCGAAUCUCACGAAAUUAGACACAAUAGAUCUUGGAUUUAACAAUAUCACCCACAUCGACAACGCGUCGUUUGUGAACACGCCCGCCAUCCAGACGUUGAAAUUAACGUCAAACUUUUUGAGAUCGAUACCAUACCCAGCGUUGCAGCCGUUGACGUCGCUCACGCAUUUGUACCUAACGCAGAACCAUAUCUCCCAGCUGAUUGACGAGGUGCCAAUGAAUCUCAACUCCUUGGAAGUUCUCACACUUGACAGCAAUUACAACCUAGAUUUAAUUGGAGCAUUUCCGCGCGUCGGCACUAAAUUAACUGAGCUGAAUCUCGGAUUCACUAACAUCCGAAAUAUGGACCAUGCGACGUGGACCAACGCUGGUGGACUUCAGCACUUAACCCUGAACGGUAUUCAUAGCAAAAAUUUUAUGUCGGGAAUGUUCGCGGGGUUAGGCGAUGUCAGAAUAUUGCUCGCCAUGAACAUGCACAAUCUGGAUACUAUUGGUCCCGACGCUUUUCACGGACUCAACAAUCUGAAUAGUGUAGAUCUGAGUUAUUGCAGCUCGUUGAACUAUAUCGACGAAACCGCCUUUAUGUCUGUGAAGAAUCUUACACAUUUGUUCCUGUACAACUCCGCCGUGUCCUACAUUCCCGAGCGUCUUGUGGACUGGAAAAAGCUCACCGCCGUUAACGUAACGAACGUUCCACUUAACUGCGAUUGCAACGUCAAGUGGAUGUUAAACGCUGAAAAUUUCGGCGACAAAACGGAUAUAAAGAACGAGUUCUGGAGUCUAAAAUGCGCCACGCCCAGUAAUCUCAACGGAGUCAGAGUUUCGAAUCUCAAACCCGAGCAGCUCAUGUGCGAAACACUCGAUGACCACAAAUCCCGGCUGGUGACCGGCAUUGUUGUUGCACUAGUGUGCCUGGUUGUGGUGAUAGCGGUGGCGCUGAUCUUCGGGAACCGGAAGCGGAUUAGCACGUGGUGUCACCAGUACUUCCAGUACCGUCGCUAUAGAAACGACCUGAUAUUCACGGUGGACAAUGAUCUUGCCGAGCUGGACGAUGCAGCGGAUUCGAGACAGCUCCGAGAAAUCAAGCUGGAGACACGGCCCUUAGAUUCACUAUAAUAUGUUGUAAUAAGGCUUUUUUCGGUUAAAAUUUAAUUUGAAGCUUCUUCUGAGUUAAAAAAAAUCUACUAACCAGACUGGAAACAAAUCCAUUAUCACUCUGGGAAAACGAGGUGUAAUGCAUGUGCGUAAAGUGUCUUCACCGAUAAGCAUAAGCCUGUACAGUAUAAGCACCUGCAAUAAGUCCCAUUUUACCAUAGUGAGGCUCAUUUUUUUGCACGUGAGAACGUCUCUCCGUUGUUUCAUCCGAAAAUCUACUAGGCAGAGGACGCUAAACAAAGGAUGAAUUUGGUGUGGUCUAAGUUAAAAGUGUUACAUGCCUAUGAAAAUAUAAGUUGAGAGCGGUGACUUUUGUGUUAAAAACCCACAUCGGAGAUGCCUUUAUUGGAUUCAACCUAAUGAUCUGUGUAAAUGCUGUAGAAAAUCUCAGUGCAAAGCCUUAAUAGAUCUGAGAUUUUAAAUUGGAGCCAUGACCAUGAGGUUGGGCAUUAUUUAUUUUCUUUCAUAAUUGAAAUGUGUUCAACUGACACUGGAGCGCAAUAAAAUGUUAUCAUCUUGUGUGCACAUUAACUCCGGUUUGCUAAUUUUUAAUCUCAUUGGUCGAAACUAAAAUAGUUUGGUAGUUAUAACGGCGAACACUUCAAUGAGUGUACUGAGUGAGCGCUGCGACGUUUUGUUGAUGUAUUCAUUUUUAUUCUAUUUGGGAUUUUUUUUCAAUUAUAUUAUUGUAUGCCGUUUUCAAGAGAUGUUUACUACUAAAGGUUGUAAUCGAGCGAACUAAUCAGAAAUACAUUUCAUUGGGGGAACGGUCAUUCAUUAUAUGAUUAAUUAUAUCAUGGGGGAAAAUGCAGUUUAUAAAAUCGAAUCAGUGGUGUAUGCUAGAUGAUAUUCAAAUGAUGUCACCAAGUGUGCAUUACGGACAGCUAAUGCAGCAUGGGUACGUAUUUCUAAAGCAAAAUAGUAAAUCUUUAGGACCUUGUUUAUAUGAAUACAUUUCCUAAGAUGUCGGCUAGUACAUGUAAAGGGGUAUUAAGCUCUAAAUCAGCAUGUAUAAAACAAGUGAAUAUUACUAAAAAGUAUUAUUUUCGCCCUUUGAAAACAUUAAAUGUAUGAUCUGAAAUUUUCACUUUAUAGUAUAACGUCUCUUUUAUGGGUCUUGGUGUCGAGGGGCUAUAUUAAUGUAUAUUUUACACUACUGUUUUGUAUUUUUAGCGUGUAUUGUUAUGUUGUUAAUUGAUGUAUAUUGUUCUAAAUUGGUAUUGAUGUUGAUGGUAUUUUACGCAGCAGUGGUGCAUUUUUAGCGUUUACUUUUCUUUUUUACUUGAUAAAUGUUGUUUUAAAUUGACAUAUAUUGAAUUGUUUUAUAAUCAACGCACUAUCAUUAAUUCCAAAUAUAUUACUACUAGACUCUCCAACCCGGAGUAUGGUUCUGUAUUGUUAACAAUCAAAUACGUGUAUGUGUAUUCUGUGCUCGCAGUUGUACAAUGAUUUCCUUUGAUGAUUGCAACACAAAUUCGUGCCUUACUUUUACAAAGCGUGAUUUUAGUAACUUGAAUACAAAUUAGGUUACUGCAUAAUAGGUUCGAUGUUAGCAACAAUCAUCAUCUUGAGGAAGAUAAGAUGUCGAGUAAAACUAAGUUCCAUUUGGUAACUAUUGUAACCUUUUCAUUUCACAUAUUUCAUACGAAUUCGUUAGUUUACUCAAUAUGUAUAUUUAAGCCUUUGCCAGUAUAGCUACUGUUUAGGCUUUAGUAUCUUUAACUUCUAAGUAAUAAGAAAUACUAAUUAGUCGACAUGCAUGAGUCCAUUGACGUUAUUUUUUUAUAUAGAACUCGAUUAAAACAAACAAGACAAAACAAUUAAAAACCACGUCUUUUUAGUUCUUGUAAAACGUCUAAUCGAAUCAAGCUAGUAAAAGCCCUGUAUUGUAUACGGAACAUAUUUAGAGAUAUGAACAUGCGAACUCCCCACAAAUCAAGCAUAGUAAAAACAUAUCUGUAAGACGCAGUGUUUAUAUGAAUUUCACUAAAAAACACGUGCUUAUAAUUUUAACAAUGUUUUGAUUCAUUUUUCGACCUGAAAAUGUGUUCUUAUCGAUAUUUGUUGUUAUUAUAUAUAUAUAUUGUCUACUUUCAUUACGUGUUCGGAUUUAGGGACCAAAUUUGUGUAGAGGUCAAGUUUAGCAAACAAAUUAUAAUCUCAUUUGUCUAUGAACCAUUUAAAGGACUUACCUUUACAGUUGUCGAAGUUACUCAUUUACUUUUGGUUCACCUGAAAACAAAAUUUACAAGGUGAGCUUUUGUGAUACCCUAUGCCCGGCGUGAGUUGUCGUUUGGUGCGUGGAGUGCGUCUUCAACGUUAAGCUCGUUAAAUCUCUAGAGGGUACACUUUUUAACUAAUCAAAAGUAUUUAAGAAUGUUUAGCUUGACAAGGUCAAGGCCAAAGAUAACAUUCGCCAAAAAACUAGGCCUUUUUGGUUAUAUAUUAGUAAAAACUUGUUACCACACUAGAAGCAAUUUUUAUGACUCAAUCCCGACGAAACCCUGCCAGAAUGUUUAUCUUGACACUAUCUAGACCGAGCUUGAAUCUGAGUGACAUGCGUCUAUAUACUAGGGUACCUCUAUAGAAGCCACAUUUAUAAUAUUUUAACUAGAUAAUAAUGCUUAUCCUAAAAUAUCUUGGUCGAGUUCGAUUCUUGGUCAUGUGCGUCUAACAUAUAGGUCACCAAGUUGCUUCUUAGAAAAACCUUGUUAUCAUUGUAGAUGCCACAUUUAUUGCACACUAUUGAUUACAGUUUGGCAGAAUGUUAUCUUGACAAUAUCUAGGCCUUGUUCCAAUCGAGAUCUUGUUAUAUAUAAACUCACUUUAAAGGUUUGAUAUGCUCCUACGAAUCUCACUAUUGAUAUGUAUUGAUAACAAUGUAGUCUGUAGAAGCCGAACUAUGUCAUGCUUGACUGCCGUCGUUUCCAAUGGCUACAAGACCGUGCUCAUAUUCUGUAUUUAUGUUGUCAUAUUUGUCUACCUUUUAAUAUGUACUUUGGCUGGUAUGUGAAAGUGACUCGUUCUACUUUAUUCGACCCCUAAAAGGUGUAAAAAAUUGAGGUUUACAUGUUCAACCGGCCAUGCGUCAGUACUAUCGUAUGUUCCGAAAUGUCACUGGUAUGAAUUAUUUUUAUAGUUUAUUAAGUACGACCUUUUAAUAUGUGUUGUACCAACUUUUUAUGAAUAGGUUUAAUGCUAUUUUAACUGUCAUAUUUGGUUUUCAUAUGUCAUGGUAUUGUCACCGAUUUAUGUGUAUUUUUCUUGUUUAUUGUAUGGUAAACCAUUUAAAUUAUGGUAUUUUCUUCAUCAAUCGUACAGUCAAAUAAUCUGUUUUAAAUGUA